AUGGCCCGCGGACCCAAGGCGGUCUCUACUGGCAGUUCAACAUGCCAGCCAGCUAGAACUUGUCAGCCUUCUUCCGCUGAAGCAGCUGAGCCGAGUGAUGCGUCAAAACGGCUCUCCGCAAUGGACUCGACAAAAGCCAACCCGAAGAGAAAUCCUAGGAGAGCCGCGAAGGAUCGAUGGGAGGAAGAAAAGCUCUUGACGAGUGACAAGUCUCAGUUUAUUGAUUUACCUCUAGUGAAACUACUUGCUCUACCCGAAGCCUGGGAGUGUCUUGAAGAAGACGAGAAGAAACAAAUCCUAGAUUUACUCCCUGCCGACACACAUCCCAACCCCCAUCUACCACCAGACGAUCCAAAUGCGAAGAUCCCUCCUCUUCCCGAGUCCUUCGUGCGCUACGGUGAACAUUGGCGCGAUGCUAUCCGUCACUUCCAAUUAGAUCUACAGAAUGGACGCUAUGAUCCCCAGUGGGUUCGCGAGGCUGAAGAGGCCGUGCAGCAGAGGGCUGCCGGCAAGUUUGACAAGUUCAAAGAGCAAGAAUUCGAGGAGUUCUGGGGACAGAAGCAGAAGAUGGAUAGAACCCUAACUGCUGGACAGAGCUCGGCAGUCAAGUUGAGCACACUCAUCGAGCAUGGGGUUGUCCGGAAGGGCGAUAUCUGGAAAUGGUCCCGAUCGUUUUCGAGGCCAAAAACGUUGGUUGAAAAAGAGGCUAGGAUAAUUGACAUUGAUGGCCAUUCAUUAACAUUUGCUAUCCCUCCGGGCCAGCGUGUCUUUCUCAAUGCAGCACCGGCCCCGGAUGAGACAAAAGCAGCUAUAGUCGACGAGCCGGAAUCGUCUCCAAAAGCGCCACCAAUCCCCCCAAUCAGUGACUGUUUUAUGGUAGAAAAGGACGAAGCUUUAGACACAAAAGACGAACCGGAGGCUCCGCCAUCGAGGAAACGAAGCGCUGAACCCGAAACCGAACCUCCUGCUAAAAGACCCCGGGAGCGCCCACCCAAGCAGCCACGGGCCACCGCAAAAAGCAAAGCUAAUAUUGCAGUUCAAACCAUCAAUCUCGACCCUGAAGGCGAACAAAGCCCCGCUAUGCCACACGGCGAGGAUCACGAUGAACCAGCUCCGGAACUCCAGAACGGUAACCAAGAGCCCGCCGAUGAAGUGAUGACGGAUCUCAAUUCUGCAGAAAAUGCAAACCAUGAAGAAUUGCCAUCACCGUCCACGAUAAAUGGAGAGUCUGAAGAAAUAAUCGUCCCCAAUAUAACCCUCCCAACAGGACUAACAUUGAAGAUGUUGGAAGUCGACGGCCGCGUCAAACCUACCAACGGCAACGCCUGGAAAGAAAUUCGAUGUUUUAGAGAUAACCAGGACAUGGGCACCCUGUGGGAGGUCAGACAGGCCUGGUACGUGAAAACACAGAUAAGAUAA